GGAAUAAUAACCAUAUUUAUUGCUUUUUAGGGUGGUAAUGACUCGGGCAGCUUGGGUUGGCCUGGUCAGUCCAGCCCUAUGUCUGGGCUAUAAAAUGUAGUCCGAGGGCCAGGGCCAGGGCUAGGGCCAGCGCCAGGGCCAGGGCUGGGCAACUAUAGUCCAAGUGUAGGGCUGCGCCGGGCCUGGGUCAAUGCUCCCCCGUUAGCCUGACACCUCAAAAUAUGGCCUUCAUCAGGCCUCUUUGACCUGUUCCGGACCUUGCCAGGCCGGGUCUGAGUAGGCCCAUUGUGUAUUUGGCGUAAUUGCGUCUGAGCGCGGAUAAGAUACUCCUGCGAAACGCUGUAGAUUUACUCUCGUUUUUCUUCAGCGGCGGUUUGUGGCGUAGUAGGUCUCUCUCCCUAAGCUCUAACGCAUAGCCGGCAGGCAGGCCAUGCGGCAUCGCAGGUCUCUCUCUAAAAUAGUGCAGUUGUGUGUGAGCAUUUGCGCCGAUGUGUUCUUCUGAUUUAUCAUGGCUAUGCAACCUUUUCAAAGACUCAAUCAUGGAACUUACCGAUUGUGGUCCCAUUAUCCUCUCUGAGGAGAGAGAAAGGGAUACAUUGAUACGGUUAUCACAGGUUUCCCAGCUGAUUCGGCAAAGAAUGGAUUCCGUUAAACUCAAAAAAGCAAGUGAACAAGGAGUUUUGAUGAAUGUGGUGUGUGAAGAUAAAAGUGAUAGGACAUUCCAAGCCUCCUCUCCAAUGGGUCAUGACUGCCUGAAUAUCAUCAUGCCUACCCUUGUGGUCUUCUUAACAUUUGCGAGUCAGUUUGUUCGUCAUUCAGCUGGGAAAGUUUUUUUGGUUCUUUCCAACUUCCUUGGGAAAUAUGGAAACAAAUGGGAGAAAUUGAUAUAUUUUCUAUGGAGUAGCUUAGAAGCAGCAAUAUUUAGCAUUGAUUCUUCAUUUCCUCUAAUAAUUGGAGAUGCCCAGUUCAAUCACAUCACCACCAAAACCACAGAGGUGGCAUUUGGGAACGUCCAUUCUGAUUGUCAUAAUAAAAGUUCUGCUUCUUUCACAACCUCAAGAUUAAUGAAUGCAAAUUGGUUUACCAUUACAGAAAUCAUUCGGAUUUUACGUACCAUACUAAAAUCUCUGAAACCAGAAGAUGAACUUUUCAAAAUCUACAUGAAAUGUGCAAAUGCAUAUUUAUCAAGUGUGUUUUGGGAUCUAUUGGAAAUGAUGAAGCCUAAUUACUCAAAUGGAAGUUCUGCAGAGCCUUAUGGAGAGCUUUUAUUUAAUCGAGACAUAGGAUUUCUGGAUUCACACGUAUUAGGAAUGAUGCUCCAACUUUUAUGUUCACUGGUCAAAAGAAGUGGUUCAGAGGAAGUUUCAGGGUCGUUGGUUGAGGAUUUUUCUAUCACCACAGAAGUUAGCGACCUUGUUCCUGAGCUUGCUGUUUGGUGUCUUGUGAAGCCUGGAAAUGCUAAUGGUGAGUGCAUCUCAGGAUUCUUGCGACACAAGAUGAUGAUGCUAAUGAUCAGGCUAUGUGAUCAUAUUCAUCAACAGGGUGAAACCCUUGAAUUCUGGUUGGAAUUGCUUUGUAGAUGUUGCAGUGAUAUAUUAUACAAACAAAUCUCUGAAGGUUAUGUUGAUCAUGGUGAUUUUCUUGAAGGAUCUCCAUUUCUUUCAAGUCUAUCUGAGAAAAGCAGAUUGUGUAGUGUGUCUACACGUCAUUUACAGAGACAAGCUAUUUUUCUUCUUUUCAAAUUCUCCAUCAGAUUGAUGAAUCUAGAAAACGAAACCACUGGACGAAGAGCUUUUUCUUCCAUGAAUUCCCAAUGUGAUGUUGGGUUUCCCUCCAAUCAAGGCAUGAAAGAACUUAUGAAGUGGCUUCAGUGGCAUGUUCCUUCAACAAGGUUGGAAGCCGACAACACAAAUUGUGAAGAAUGUAGCAGAUUUAGAGUAGCUUUCUUAAAUCUGUUUGUGGAGGAGGAUGAUAUCUUGUUUGAAAUGCUUCUGCAGCUCCUCGAUAUCCCCAAUACAGGCCCUCCAAUUCACAAUGAUGGAAUUAGCAUGCGUUAUGACAAACUUAAGGAUGAUUUUCACUCUCAUCUUUCAAACAUUUUCAACCCCAUCUUCCUUUUCCAUACAUUUCUCUCUGGGAUACGAUAUGAUUACCUCCUGCUUCUUGAUUACCUUAUCUCAAAAGAUAUAGGAGUUCUAUGUUUGCAAUACCUUCUAAGAUGUUUGCGGCUAGUUUGUAACUCAUGGCCUAUAUUUAAAGGAUUUUCGAUGCCUAAUCAUGAGAUGAAUCAGUUAUGUUGCAAGAGAAGAGAGGUCUCAGUGGAUGGACGUGAUUUUGUAGGAAAGGUACUGCCUCUGUCCUCUUCAGUUGAAGGAAUUAGCGCUACACAGCCACCACGAACAGGUCAUAAAAAGAGGAAAGGGAAGACUUCAGGAGAGUCGACUUUUGAAAAUGCAGAAGAAUGUUUGCUGUCUUUGAAGUAUGCUCUGGAGAAUCUUCACAAAAAGAACUUGUUCCCUUAUAACCCAACUGCUUUAUUGAGAAGUUUCACGAGAUUUCAGAAAUUCUGCAGUAACAAAGAGAGGGAAAGCAUCGAUUACAAAACCUAAAUGGAAAAGGACUUGGGAAAUUUCCAGCCUCAAGAAGCAAACUUUUGCCAUGUUACGUUGGGAAUGCGAGAAAUGCAGAGUCAGUUGUCAAUUUACCAACGGUUUAGAUCAAACUUAACUCACUGGGACUGGAUUGUGAACAGGGCACAGUAAAUCUCCACCAUAAUCUUUCGCAACAAGUGCUUGAUUCUGUACAUAGAAAAACAUGAGAUGUGAAGUCCCCUCUUUCUUGGUCUAGAGGUAAUUAUUUCCUUUGUGAAAAUAUGCUCUGACCGAGAACUUUAAGGAACACUAUGGCCAUAGGGCCCCAUUUGCAUAAGAAUAUUUGCAAAGAGGACCCAUCAAACAUGCCAUUAUUGUCAAUUUGUACAUUUUACUCUCCCAUCAUCCCCAUUCAAUCGAUUGAUGGGAUCGUGAUGACCCUAUUACCA